UGGAGGGGCGAACCGAAGAAACCGACCAGAUUUUGUCCAAAUCUGACAAUGGCGAAACAACCGCUAUUUUUCAGAUGCCGAAAUAAAAUCCAAACCGGUCUUCUAGCUUAGCUUUGCUUUCGGAUCCGGUCAUCGACUCCUUCUCCUCUCUUCUCUCUUCUCCUGCCGACAAAGAAAAAGGAGGAGAAAAAAAAGGGCUCGAAUCGAGAGGAACAAGAGAGCCGACCCAACUCCAUCUCCGCUGAGCUUUCGCCGUUCGCAAUGGGGCCGGGCGGGGCCGAAUCUCGGGAUUCACGCCGGCGAGGAGGCUUCGUUUGGAUCGGCGUUGGUUGGCCGGCAGCUAGAUCUUUGUGACCUUUGCUUUCCUUCGUUCCUUCCGAGGAGCUUGGGUUUGGGUUGUUUCUUCUUUUUAUUUCUUCGUCUUCUUGUUGUGUGUUGCUGGAUCGGAGCAGGAGAAAGAGGUAUGGGUUGGAGGUACAACGCCGGGUUGCUUCUCAUCGGGGCGGUUGUUAUUAUAUGGGUCACCUCCGCCGAAGUCACGCAGGGUAUAUUUACAGACUACAAGCAGCCAUUCGCAGUUACUUAUUUGGGGGCCUCUCUCAUGGUUGUUUAUCUACCAAUAGCAUUUAUCAAAGAUUGGUUAUGUAAUUUUUUUAAAAGACAUUCUUCUAAAAGAGGUAGAAUUUCAGAAAUCAUCAUCAAAUCUCCAUCUGGACUGGAUUCUUCUCUUAAAAUUAGUGGGAUGCAGAAGAUCUUGGAAAUGGAAUCACAGGCCCCUUUAACUAAGAAAGACAGUGAACUAGAACUUUCUGCACAACAAGAGGAAAAGCCAUUAAUUGUCAAACUUGAUGAAGUUGAAGUCGAAGUAGAGGUGCUGAAAGAGAACAGAACAUUAACCACUAGGGAAAUUGCAGUAUAUGCAUGCUACCUUGCCCCUCUUUGGUUUGUCACAGAGUAUUUGUCAAAUGCAGCGCUUGCACGAACUAGUGUUGCAAGUACUACUGUACUAUCUUCAACUUCAGGACUCUUUACUCUUUUCAUUGGUGUACUUCUGGGCCAAGAUUCCUUAAAUGUAGCAAAAGUGGUUGCUGUUUUUGUUAGCAUGGCUGGUGUUGCUAUGACAACACUGGGUAAGACAUGGGCAGCAGAUGAGUCACAGUUGAUCUCCUCUGGGAAUGAGCAAAGGUCUCUUGUAGGGGAUCUUUUUGGGCUUCUUUCAGCUAUGACAUAUGGUCUAUUUACUGUUCUGCUCAAAAAGUUUGCAGGGGAGGAAGGACAAGGAGUCGAUGUUCAAAAGCUGUUUGGAUAUGUUGGACUUUUUACACUUGUAGCUUUAUGGUGGCUUGUAUGGCCAUUGACUGCAUUGGGGAUUGAACCAAAGUUCACAAUACCUCAUUCUGCUAAAAUGGAAGAAGUUGUUCUUGCUAAUGGCUUUGUUGGAAGUGUACUCUCAGACUAUUUCUGGGCAUUAUGUGUUGUUUGGACUACGCCAUUGGUGGCUACCUUAGGCAUGUCCCUCACUAUACCACUUGCCAUGGUUGCCGAUAUGGUCAUUCACGGCCGGCACUAUUCAGCAGUCUAUAUUCUUGGGUCAGCUCAGGUAUUUGCUGGGUUUGUAAUAGCUAAUCUUUCAGAUCGCUUGUCCCAAUUUUUGGGAUUAUAGCACCAUUGAGCAUGUUACGCAUGAACACCAAUAUUGUUAUUCUUUACACGCAAGCAUUCUUUACUCUUGCAUCUCAAGGGGAACCUCAUCUAUGCACUUCACCGGUUUGUUGGUGUGGGUCUCAGAUGAAUGUAGUUUUUCAACUCAUUAAAUUUUGUAGGCAACUGGGGGCACUGUUAUGUUCCCAUUGGUGCUGGACAUAGCUCCAAAGGUAAUGAAUGAUUCUUUUGAGCAUUUUUUUAAACUUGUGUUGUAAAAUGUUUGUCAAAUGUAUAUAAUUUCCUUUCAUGUUUGGUGAUCUA